ACGUUACUGGUUUCUUUGGAGUAGAACAGGCCUGUGUCGAUGCUUGAAAACAUCAACAACAGCCCAGUACUGCAGCAUACAAACAUUUCAUUCCCCAAGGCGUGAAUUACUACAUGACAAAAAUACAUCGGCGCACUGAUAAAACAUACUGACAAAACACACCACCGAUAAAAAACAAUAAUAAAUAUGGAGCACACCGGGAUCGAGGAGGUGAACCAGACGCACCAGCAGCAGCAUGAACCCAUCAGCUUCGGGAUCGACCAGAUCCUAAACAGCUCGGACCAGUCCAGCGGUUGCAUGCUCCCCAACCGGACCGGCGACCCGGAUUACGCGCUGGCCUCUAACGUCUACAGCAACGGGUACAACAGCGUCUACAACCCGGCCUGCUCCAUGACGGCGGCGGCGGCGGGUCUGGCCGGCUCCUACAACGUCAACAUGAACAUGAACGUCAGCAUGAACAUGAACGUUAACGUGAAUUCGGGAGGUGCCGGUGGGGUGAUCCGGGUGCCGGCGCACAGACCCAUGCCGCCUCCUCCGCCGCCCGCCGCCGCGCCGCACCCGCCCCCUUCGGCUCAUCCGCCGGGCAUCGGACACGGCAUCCCCUCUGUGCCUGGGAUGGGAAUGGGAAAUGCGGCAAACUUCACCUUCCCCUGGAUGGAGAGCAGUAGGAGGUUUGCCAAGGACAGAUUAACAGGGGAGCAGGCAGAGGAGAGCCGGGUAGGAGAGGCCACAGAGGGCCCGGGGGCCGCCGGGUCCCUCUGUCCGCUCCCCAAGGGAGACAUCGGCAGGGUCCCUGUCUGGAGUACUGUGGAGACAUUAGCCAAAUGCUAUUACCCCGAGCUCGCUCACUUGCGAGACGGCAAUGGCCUUCUAGCAGACUAUCCUUUCCCAAAGGGGGCUUGCCCAGCAGCCCUGUCGCCCUUCUCUGUGACCCGUCGCAUUGGCCACCCUUACCAGAACCGGACGCCGCCCAAGAGGAAAAAGCCUCGCACCUCCUUCAGCCGGGUGCAGAUCUGUGAGCUGGAAAAACGAUUUCACCGGCAGAAGUACCUGGCGUCAGCCGAGCGCGCCACCUUGGCCAAGGCCCUAAAGAUGACGGACGCACAAGUCAAGACCUGGUUUCAGAACAGACGGACAAAAUGGCGGAGACAGACUGCGGAGGAGAGAGAGGCCGAGAGGCAGCAGGCCAACCGGCUGAUGCUGCAGCUUCAGCAGGAAGCUUUCCAGAAGACGUUGAGCCAGCCUCUGCAGCCGGACCCGCUCUGCCUGCACAACUCCUCCCUCUACGCCUUGCAGAACCUGCAGCCCUGGGCAGAAGACAAUAAGGUGACCUCCGUCACCUCCGUGGCAUCUGUAGUGUGA